AUGUUGGCCGUUGGUAUUACGAUUGUGCUUGCUGCUUGUGCAGCUGCAGCUAACGGAAUAACGCUAGAGCAUAUCGAGAACGGUAAGAUCUGUAGCGCAUGGCAAUACAUGUCUGGCUCGGAAAUUCAAGUUGAAACAACGAAAUGUGCUAGCAGUGUGGGUUACGAAUUGGAUGUAUAUAACAGUGUGUACAUCAUUCGUUUUUGUUGCACAUAUAAUGGCGGGACGACAGCACCCAUUGGACCAGUACCUGCUGGCUGUGGCCGCCAAGCUGUUGCUCCAUUACAAUCCCGUAUUGUCGGUGGACAAGAAGCAAAGCCACAUUCAUGGCCUUGGCUUGUUUCUCUUCAAUAUCGUGGCAAUCAUUUCUGUGGUGGCACUUUGAUAGAUGCAUAUCACGUCUUGACUGCUGCUCACUGUCUUCAAGAUCAAUCAUGGUUUAAUUCAGAUUUAACUGUUGUAGCUGGUCUUCAUGCACGAAGCAAAACGGAUGCAGCUGGAGUACAACGCAGACAAAUUUCUAAACUUGUCAAUCACCCUGCUUACAGUGAUGUGACAAACCAAAAUGAUAUUGCCAUCAUACGUUUAGCUUCGCCUGUGACACUCAAUAGUUAUGUUAACGUUGCAUGUCUUUCCGGAAAGCAACCUGCUGUCAAUGAUAAUGUUGUGAUUGCUGGUUGGGGCACAACAAGAUACGAAGGUGUGUCACCUGACUCUCUUCGUCAAGCCAGUAUUGUUAUUAUGGAUGUGUGCAAACAUGUCUAUCCAUAUUAUGAUACAAAUAAGCAACUAUGUGCUGGUAAUUAUCAAUAUAGCCGAGACUCCUGUCAAGGAGAUUCGGGCGGUCCACUCAUGUCGGAAGCGAAUGGUCAAUGGACUGUCAGCGGUGUGGUCAGUUUCGGUGACGAAUGUGCUAAAGUGAAUAAACCAGGUGUAUAUGCUCGUGUUAGCUAUUAUCUUCCAUGGAUUCAAAAUAGCAUUUCAGCUCUAUCAGGAAAAUAA